AUGCCGUUUGCAAGCUUCACAAGUUGCUUUACGGUCUCAAACAGGCGCUCCGACAAUGGUUUCACAAGCUUACAUCCUUCCUUCAACAUCGCGGUUUCGGGGAAUGAUCCAACUCAAACUCACAAACUGCUUCAGGAUCUCAAAUCUCACUUUGCCAUCAAGCAGUUCGACCACGUCUCCUUAUUCCUAGGGAUACAGAUCAACCGCACCACCGCUGGGUUCUUUCUCACUCAGGGGCACUACGCAUUCAAACUACUUCAAGAGGCAGGCAUUGCAAACUGCAAAGCCGCACCUACUCCCAUAACACCGGCUUCCAAGCACGCGGCAACCAACAGCAAACCAUUUCCCGACGCCUAUCUCUACCGACGUCUGGCUGGCUCCCUAUAA